CGCUUCGGGAUUCGUCAUUUUGCUGGUCCAGUAUUUUACGAAGUGGAAGGUUUCCUUGAAAAGAAUAGGGACACUUUCAAUCACGACCUUCUUGAUGUUAUUGGAACCUCCAAAAAUUCGUUCCUUCGGGAGCUUUUCGAAGAACGUUUGAGCUCGAGUUCUGAAUCACGCUCACGCUCAUUGACGCUGAGUAUGCAGUUCAAGCGAUCUCUGGAGCGUCUGCUGCAGAUCAUCAACGGCUGCCAUCCCUUCUUCGUUCGUUGCAUCAAGCCCAACGAACUGAAACUGCCGAAUUGUUUUGAUCGCGAGCUCUGUGUACGACAGCUGCGUUACUCAGGCAUGAUGGAGACCAUCCAGAUUCGUCGCCUGGGCUAUCCCAUUCGCUAUAAAUUUGCAGACUUCACUGAACGCUUCCGCGUCAUCCUGAGACCCUGUCCACUGUCACAGAGGCAAACUGCAGUGCUAAACGACAUGGCUGAAUUAAUUUGCAGGACAGCCUUUGGCUUCGACACGUCCUAUGCGGUUGGAAAGAACAAGGUCUUUCUAAGGGUAAGCUCUCUCUAUCUUUUGCGCAUUUUGAGCCCAGCUGCGUAA